AUGGCUACCCCGGGAAAUUCCAACCACCGUGCCUGGUGGAAAGAGAGUUCCGUAUACCAAAUCUGGCCUGCUUCUUUCAAAGAUUCAAAUAAUGAUGGUAUCGGCGAUAUCCCCGGCAUCAUCUCCGAGCUGGACUACAUCAAGAACCUCGCCGUAGAUAUCGUCUGGCUGUGUCCAUCGUACAAAUCGCCGCAGGUGGACAUGGGCUAUGACAUCUCCGACUACUACAGCAUCGCCGAUGAAUAUGGCACCGUUGAAGAUGUCGAGAAAUUGAUUGCCGGCUGCCACCAGCGAGGUUUGAAACUCUUGAUGGAUUUGGUCGUCAACCAUACUAGUGAUCAGCAUGAAUGGUUCAAGCAGUCACGCAGCUCAAAGGAUAACGAGUACCGUGACUGGUAUAUCUGGAAGCCCGCCAAAUACGAUGAGCAAGGCAACCGUCACCCUCCCAACAACUGGGUUUCUCAUUUCCAGGGAAGCGCCUGGCAAUGGGAUGAAUUGACUCAAGAAUACUACCUACACCUAUACGCCGUUGAGCAGCCCGACCUCAACUGGGAACACCCACCCGUCCGCAAAGCAGUUCAUGAUAUCAUGCGGUUCUGGCUCGACAAGGGCUGUGACGGGUUCCGUAUGGACGUGAUCAACUUCAUUAGCAAGGAGCAGAGCUUCCCUGAUGGACCCAUCAAGGACCCGCGCACUCCCUGGCAGUGGGGUGACAAGUGGUACGCCAAUGGUCCGCGCUUGCAUGAGUACCUCCAGGGUCUUGGUAAGAUCCUCAAGGAGUACGAUGCCUUCAGUGUGGGCGAGAUGCCAUUCGUCACCGACGAGAAAGAGGUGCUCCGUGCGGUACAGUUUGACCGCAAUGAAAUCAAUAUGAUUUUCAACUUCGAACAUGUCGACAUUGAUCACGGCAAAUAUGACAAGUUUGAACCUGGUAGCUGGGAACUCACGGAUUUGAAGGACUUCUUUGAGCGUUGGCAGACGUUCAUGUAUGACAAUGAUGGUUGGAAUGCGCUCUACUGGGAGAAUCAUGACCAGCCGCGUUCUAUUGAUCGCUACACAAAUGCUAGUGAGGAGCAUCGACUGGUCGCAUCUAAGAUGUUGGCUACUGCUCUGGCAUUGCAGGCUGGUACUCCGUUUGUUUACCAAGGACAAGAACUCGGAACCAGAAAUGUACCCAAAUCGUGGGGCAUUGAAGAAUACAAAGAUAUUGAUUGUCUGAAUCACUGGAAAAGAAUACCCAAGGAUGACACCGCUGCGCAAGCAAUUGCUUUGCAAGAAUAUCAGAAGAAGUCACGCGACAACGGACGCACUCCGGUCCAGUGGUCAGCUGCUGAGAAUGCCGGUUUCACUGGUCCUGGCGUCAAGCCCUGGAUGUCUGUGAACACCGACUACGUGCGUGUCAACGCCGAAGCAGAAGUCAAGGAUCCCAACUCAACAUAUCAUUAUUGGGCGACUGUUCUGAAACUUCGUAAGAAGUACCUUGAUGUCUUUGUUUAUGGAAAUUUCACCCUUUUGGACAAACCAAGCCAAGAGGUAUUUGCGUAUACUCGCCAGUAUGGCGACCAAAAGAUCUUAGUUCUAUGUCACUGGACAGAGAAGACUCUGGAGUGGGAUGCAACCAGCAACGGUAUCACUGGCGUGAAGCAGGUCUUACUAAACACUUAUGAAGGUAUCGAGUUAGCUGCCGAUCGGUUCUCUGGUGAGAAGUGGGCACUUCGCCCAUAUGAGGCUGUGGUGUUGCUUCUGUGA